AUGUACCGACCGGUAGGAUCGACUCCUCACACAACGGAAUUCGGCUUCGAUUGUUCAGCUGUACCGGUAUGGGUCCUUGACCUAUACCCGUACCCGUACCGUCCUCCUUUCCAACUAUGCCUUGCCGUCCAGCUGGCCGCCGAACAGAGGCGCAGAUAG